CUCAACAGCUCAAAACACAAAAGAUCUCAUAAAACUAGUAGUAUGAAAGAGAAGAAGAGAAUAAUGAAUAUACUGUAAGUAAAAUUCCUCUUCCCCUCGCCGCCGCCUGCCGCCGCCGUUGAAGCUGAAGGGAAGAGGAGGGGGAGGACGACAACCGGGCGCCCUGCUGCCUCCGGCACGAGCUGCGGCCUGCUGCUGCCGGUACACAGCCUCGUGUGCUAACCACCGCCCCGGAGGCGGUUCUUGAGUUUUGGUCGCUGGUUGGGCGGUGGCGGCGCUGCGGCUAGCUGGUUGCUGGGAGAGAGAUGGCGCCAGUGAGGAGGAAGCGCGGCGCAUCCGCGGCUGCCGCAGCGGCGGCGGCCGCAGCGCAGUGGAAGGCCGGCGACCUGGUGCUCGCCAAGAUGAAGGGCUUCCCCGCAUGGCCAGCCAUGAUAAGUGAACCAGAGCAGUGGGGUCUACCUUCUGUUAAAAAUAAGCGUCUGGUCUACUUCUAUGGAACUAAACAGAUUGCUUUCUGCAACUAUGCAGAACUGGAGGCGUUCACUGAGGAGAAAAGGAGGUCUCUACUUGCUAAGCGACAUGGCAAAGGGGCUGAUUUUGUAGGAGCAGUUGACGAGAUAAUUGAUGUUUACGAUUCUUUGAAGGAAGAUAGUAACAAGCCUGAUCUGACUGCCGAUGAAGUGAAACCAGGUGAAGAAAAUCUUGGUGAUAGUAAUAGCAGAUUGGAUACUAAAGGUCUAGCUAAGAGCUCUAACAUGUGUAGUGAUAAAAAAUUAGAAGACCAUUCAGUCACAGCAAGAGGUCGCAACUUGGUCACUGCUGAUGCGCCUUCUGUCACUUUAACUGGGAGUGAGCGAUGCGUUGUAAAUUCUGCUCCUGACGGGCCUACUGAAAACAUAUCCAUGCUUGACGAGAUGAGGAAUAUCGCUUUGUCUGCUAGUUCAUUUUCGAAAAAAAAACUAAGGGAUGCACACCCUCAGAACUGCUACACACGGAGUAGGGCUCCAACUUUGCGGAUGUUGAGGAGUUCAUUGAGUGUUGAAAACAGAAAAGUUCAGGGGUCUUGUAAGCUUUUGGGUGAAACCAGCUUGGCUUCUGUUGAUUUGGUUUCUGAUGACAAUAAGGAAGAUUUGACUAUUCUUAAAUACCGAGAGCAUGACAAGGCAAACUCAGCCCCCCUUUCUAUGCUGGAUGAGGUUUGUGUGCAUUCAAGUGUAGGUACCUUCAAUCAACCUGGAACUCCUGGGGCUAGUGACUGCAAUAAAAAAUUGUAUUCUACUGCUAAGGUAGAUAAUACCUGUGACAGCGAAGCAUCUCAAAAUGGAGCUUCAGCGAUAGAAUUAAAAUCAAAUGGUGCAUCAACUUUUCCCAUGAAAUCAACAGUAAUUUUCAAGAGAAAAAGGAAGCCAAAUAGAAAUUGGAUCCCUCAUGCUACAGAUUGUAUGACACCCAAUAAGGACGAGGAAUUCCAGGUUGAGUUGAGUGGAAGACUCACAGACUCUCCAAAUUCAAAGAAUGAAUUUAAUAAGUUAGACAGAGAUGACCACUUGCCGUUGGUCAAAAGAGCAAGGGUUCGAAUGGGAAGGCCUCUGUCAGUGGCUUCACCAAAGACAGUUGGGCAGAUUGAUGUUCCUAAUAAUAUAUCAGGGUUUGUUGCACCUGCUGAGCACUCUGUUAUGCAUAUCGGCAAUGCUUCUUCCGCUGCUCAGUCAUCCAUAUUAAACAUGCCUGUCCUGCCAGGGGAUGGUAACUCUGUCUGGAAGAAUAAAGAGUACCAAUCAAGGGGUUUAACAUUGGAUGUGGAAGCUGCUUUGCCACCAUCAAAACGCCUCCAUCGUGCUUUAGAAGCUAUGUCUGCUAAUGCUGCGGAAACUAUUAGUAGUCUUCCUGAAGAGAGAGGAUCAAAGCAGUUGAUACUAAAUGGUUGUUUGUCUGCAGAAAACAGCCAUUCUAGUAAAUCGGGAGACACAGUAGUCAAAAGCCCUGACAGAUCUGGAAUAAUUGGAAGCCUUGGAUCAUCAGGCAUGCAAUUAAUGCAUAGCUCAACAGGUCGAACACACACCUCAGGAUUGAUUUUACAGAAUACAAAUGUAGUUGUUUCCAUGAAACUGAAUGAGCCUGCCCUUGAUGUGACACAGACCAUAGCUGUACAUGAUCGGUUAUCUUCAUCUUCUUGGAAACCUAGCUGUAAUGAUGUCUCCAAGCUAAUCAGCUACAAUAGUGAUAGAAAACCAAUCGGCUGCCCUGCUUUUGAUGUUAACAGGAGUGAUGACAGAUGUGGUGAACCAGUUGACCGACCAAAGUUUCUUCUUUCUGAUGAUAAUGUGAACAGUGAUUCAAUAUCACGUUGUGAUACUGUUUUAGCAUCAGCAGUCAAUAUUUGUGAUACCACAAGCACCUCUUCAUUGGCUACCAAGUCUUCAAGUAUACAGUCUGAUGCAGAUACCCGAACAUUUGAAGUGCACACCUUCUCAGCUUUGGCAUUGAAAGAACUGAACCACAGAAACCUGAAGGAUAGGUGCACCUCUCCAGAUGCAAUGCCUAUGAAAGAACACAUUGCUGUUGCCCAAGCUAGAAGGUUCUCUCGGGCAACUUCCUUUUCAGAUAACUUCUUGAAUGGCAGGUAUAUUUCGAAAUCUUUAGUCGGCACACUUCUUAAGGAAGGACGGGGAGAGCUUUCACCUUCGAAUCAGAUAAUCAGGUCCACCACUACAAAUGACAGUGUUCAUUCUAGGAGUCCUUUAGAUAACCCACAAGGGAAUGAUGUGAAAGAACUAGCAGGAGCAACGGGGCUAAAUGCAGCAUGGAAGGCUUUUGGAGCUUUUCUUGGUAGGCUGACAAGAACAAAAGAAAACAUAGCACGUGCAACAUGUCUUGCUAUUGAUUGCGCUAAACAUGGUAUUGCUUGGGAGGCAAUUGAUAUUAUUGUUGAAUGCAUGGAAAGGGACAAUUUUUUUAAGAGGGUUGACCUUUUCUUUCUUGCCGAUUCAAUAACUCAAUACUCUUGCAAUCAGAAAGGUGGAACUGGUGAUGUAUUCCCCUCCGUUAUUCCGGCGGUUCUGCCUCGUUUACUUUAUGCUGCUGCACCUCCUGGAAAUUCGGCAUGGGAGAAUCGAAGGCAAUGUCUCAAGGCUAGUGCCUUCUAUAAUCUGGUAGAAUAGAUGGCAUAUACAAUGUUCCUUUCCCCACCCAUUACAUGUUUUUAUCUAUUGUUAGGUUCUGAAACUUUGGCUUGAGAGGAAAACACUUCCAGAAUACAUCAUUCAUCACCAUAUUAGAGAACUCGAGGUUAUCAAUGAGGCAUCUUUUGGCAGCUCUCGCCGUCCUUCAAUGACAGAGAGAGCUUUAAA